CAGGAAACUGUACAGCGGCGCGCCAAUGAGAAAACAUGAAUCCAAGAGAAAACGGAUGUGACAUCAGGUUUCACCCGGAAGUGGUUAGAAUCCACACAGCGCUACAAGGGUGUUAAAAGAGCAGUGAGGUCAGCUUUCUUGGCAUAAUGGGUCGUCACUUCGGAGAUUUGGCCAAGAUAAGGCAUGUGAUCACCUACAGUAUUUCUCCCUUUGAGCAGAGGGCUUUCCCCAACUACUUUUCUAAGGGAAUCCCAAAUGUGUGGAGACGAUUCACAACAUCUGUAUUCAAGGUUGCACCACCCAUGGUUCUGAUGUACCUGACCUACACAUGGGGCAAUCGUGUUCAUGAACAGAGCAAAAGAAAGAAUCUUGCAGACUAUGAAAAUGACCAGUGAUAUCACUCAGCUGAAGAUCCUUGUGUAACAAAAGAAAAUAUUUAAGUAGAAAAAAGAAAAGAAAAAGGAUUUCUGACUUGUUGCCACUUUGAUUCAGUUUAAUAAAGUACCUUAAUAUGACACAUCA